AUGUUACUUUCAUUAUUAGUUUUAUUAAUUUCAAUCCAUGUCACAGCUACGAAUGGUCACUCAUCAAAUUUGACAGUCUUUAAUCGAUCAUUAAAUAAUCGAACGGGUAAUUUAUAUACACCAAGAAGAUCGAAUUCGAUUGAAUUACUUAAAAAACGAAUUGCAAAUCGACAUUCAUUGUUAAAGAUCAAUCGAACAUUGUUGUCAUUAAAUACUACUACGAAACGAACAACAGUAUAUACAGUUAACACAACGUUAAGAUUGCUCACAGAAACUACAACAGCAACAACAAAUAAUGAUAAAUUGAUUGGUGGUACACAAAAUGAUUUGACCUCCAGGGCAGCAUUAUUGCAAGCACCAGCUACAAGCAAAUCAUCAAAUUCUACUCUCAUCGUUAUUAUAUUCAUCUUCUGUUUUGGUGGCUUUAUUCUUCUUGUAUUUAUUUUUACAUUUCUACUCAAAGAACAUAUUAACAGUGCUUAUUUCAAACUACCUUGCAUACACGCGUUGUCAGGUACAAAACAAUCUCGUGACGGUACACCAUUAUUUUAUUCACCGAUUCAUAGUCAAAUAGUCGUCACUGGAGAAUUUCCUGUGGAACAACUGUAUGACAUUUAUGUUCAAAAGCAUGCAUUUGAUGAUUUAGCAUUUGCAAUUGAAUUCAAAAGUCUGCCAAACUUUGAAGAAUUAUCAUGCAUAUCAGCGACACGAUCAAUAGUUGCAUCUAAAAAUCGUUUUCUGAAUAUUUUACCUAUCGAUGCAACUCGCGUCGUUCUCAAUACAUUGAACGAUGAUCCAGCGACUGAUUAUAUCAAUGGAAACUAUAUUUCGGGAUAUAAAUGUGCAAAUAAGUUCAUUGCUACUCAGGGACCGAAACCAGAUACGUGUGAAGACUUUUGGCGUAUGAUGUGGGAAUUGAAACUUAAAUCUAUCGUUAUGUUAACGAAUACAACUGAAGGUGCAUCACGCAUGACAAAGUGUCAUCAAUAUUGGCCUGAACUUGAUCAAACCAUAGUUUAUGGUUCUUAUAAAAUUACGUGUAUUGAUAAACAAUGUCUGUGCGAUUAUGAAAAACGUUACUUUCAAAUGUCUCAAGUAAGUUGCAGAAAACGAUUCAAUAAGUCGAACAUUGCUCGCGGUUGA